AAGUCUCUUCUGUGCUCCCCUGUUUCUGUUGCUGCUGUCCAGAUGAUCAAGCCGAGGUGGAUUUUGGAACUAAAUCGAGAUUGUGGCAAAUUACAGGAGAUGGAUCCAACUGAGAGUACCUGGCUGUGUUUCGUCCGCCUCAAUCUGUAACGCUUUGCCUUAUUUACACACCCAAAGCAGGUCUCCUGCCUCUUGGCUUUUGCAGUGUUAAAUGGUGAGCAGUUGGGGAGCAGUCUCCGCCUCUAAAGGUUCUAUCCUGGAGCUGAGGUUUGCAGGUUAUAAAUAGCGGCUCUCUGGGUUGCAGUGUUCGCUCGGAGCUGCAGGAUCCCUGCUCCCAGUGUGUGUGCGUGUCUCCUGGCCGGACAAUGCAUUACCUUAGCUGGCUGUUCCUCGCCCCGCUAUUAGCCCUGGUGACAGCAGCUCCUCGCUGUCCCAGUGGCUGCCAUUGUCUGGGGGACCUGCUCCACGUGGUGUGUGAGAACAGAGGGCUGAAGAAAAUCCCAAGAGUUCCCAACAAGGUCCGGCUCCUGAGUCUGCAGCAGAACAACUACCCCAUUCUCCCUUCCAAUGGCUUCAGCUCCAUGAAGGGCCUGGUUUCACUCCAUCUCCAGGAUUGUCACAUCCGAGAGAUCUCCCCCAAUGCUUUCCGUGGGCUCAAGAAGCUCGUCUAUCUGUACUUGUCCAACAAUGAGAUUAACACCAUCAGGCCAGGUGCCUUCCAGGACCUCUCACAAUUGACCUACCUCUACAUGGACAACAACCGAAUCAGUGAGCUCGCCAAGGGGCUGCUGAACCCGCUCAAGAGCUUGUUCCUGCUGCAGCUCUCCAACAACAGGAUGCACCAGAUCAAACCGGGCACCUUCGCUGGCGCUAAGGAACUGCGGUGGCUCCACCUCAGCGGUAAUGACAUGACCACCAUCCUGCCCGGCGCCCUGGAUGAUGUUGAGAACUUGGCGACCCUUCACCUGGACAAGAACAAACUGAACAGCUUCCCGGCAGCGGCCCUCAGCAAGCUCAGGGUGGUCGAGGAACUGAAACUCUCCUUCAACUCCAUCAGAACCAUCCCUGACAAUGCAUUCCGCUCGUUUGGAAGAUACGUCGAGCGUAUGUGGCUCAACAACAUGGGACUGGAGAGGUUUUCAGAUGGAGCAUUCAAUGGCGUCACCGGCCUGUCAGCCCUCCACCUGAAUGACAACAAAUUGGAAACUCUACCUUCAAACCUCGUCUUGACCAAAAUGAAGAACAUGACUCUCUCCAACAAUCCCUGGCAUUGUUCCUGUCCACUUGCUGCAGUACGAAGAUGGAUGGAUACUAGCAGGAUUCGUCCAGAUGGUGUCUGUGCUUCUCCAAGUCAAUACCGUGGUCAGCAGAUCCGGGAAACCUCUGCCUUCAGAACUUGCCCAAGACGUGCAAAGCGUAACAAGAAGAAUGCACUCUGAGCAGGUGGUGGGAAUGUCCGUCCUGGAGACUGACUCCUCGUUUGACAAUACCAACUGCUGACUCCUCACAGCCACUUC